AUGGAAGCCGGGUUUGUCGGCACCAACUCCAUCCGUUCGCGGCAUCUGCCCGUUAAACCGCUGCCCUCACUGCCCGUCAAGGGUCCUCCGCCGCCGGCCAAGCCGCCCAAGCCGCCCAAACCGUCCGAGGGCGGGGGCGGGGGCGGCUGGCAGCCCUCGGACCUGGGUAGCGGGUGGCCACAGCUGCGCGCCGGCGAGGCGCCGCUGCUGGUCAUAAGACAGGGCACUCUCAGCUGUCGGAUCAAGCUCAGCCGACGGAAGGGCGGCGGUAACAACAGCGCCAGCGUCAAGCAGGUGAAGCUGUGGCGACACUGGGCGCCCUGUCACCUGGCGCUCACCGACAGCUACCUGCUGCUCUUCAACGACACCAACGACCCGGCCAGCAUCGAGUGGGGCUCGCCCACGCACCUGCCGCUGGUCACCGUCCACCUGGCAGGAGCGGGCCUCAUCGCCGACUCAGCCGCCUCGUCCAAGAAGAACGUCCUCCAGCUGACCACUCGGCAUGGCAUGCAGGUGUUGCUCCGCGAUGACAACACGACUACGAUGAAGGUGUGGACGGACGCGCUGCACAGCGCCAUCGCCGGCCUGCCCAGCGAGGUGAAGCCCCUGCUGCCGCCGAUAGUGCCGCCCAAGCCGCAGCAGCUGCUGCAGGCGCAGCGGUCACCCACGAUCAGACGAGCCAUCGAGAGCCGGGCCCGCUCCGCCUCCGAGUCAGACUCUGGCCCUGGCGGCGCGACCCUGGAGCCGCCCAGCACGAACCUCACCAGGCAGAACAGCCGGAUACGACGCCGGCUCAAAGGCUUCUUCAACGCCCGGCCCUCGGCCGAGGAGCUGAAACGCAGCGGUAUCCUCAAAGACGAGCGGGUGUUUGGCCGCAGUCUGACGGCGCUCUGCGAGGCGGAUCGCAGUGCCGUGCCGCGGUUCGUCGAGCGCUGUAUCGCGGCCAUCGAGUCGAACGUGGCCUUCCUGCAGACGGAGGGCCUGUACCGGGUGUCGGCAGGCCUGGACCAGGUGCAGCGCGUCCGCUGUCAGGUGGACCAGGAGAACUACUCGGUUCUGGAGGACGAGUCGGACCCGCAUGUGCUGGCCGGCGCGCUGAAGCUGUUUUUCCGCGAGCUGCCGCAGCCACUGCUGCCGGCCGGGGCGGCCAUGGACGCGGCACUGCGCGCGGCAGAGGGGCAGGCCGGCCGGGCGCGCACGGAGGCGCUCCGGGCUAUGGUGGCCUCCCUGGAGCCGGCGCACCGUGAUACGCUGCACCUGCUGCUGCGCCACUUGACCAGGGUGUGCACGCACGAGGCCAGUAACCGGAUGGGGCCGCGCAACCUCUCCGUGGUGUUUGGCCCGACGCUCUCCAGCCAGCCGGAGGGUGACCCGCUCCAGAACACAGGAGAUGUGAUGCGACAGAACAUGCUGGUCGAGGCGCUGCUGGCUGACUUCAGUCAUGUCUUCCCGGCCGGGUAGGAGGGAGUCUGUACCCUAGAUGCCGUCUUGGAACCCAGUGCCUUACCUUGCCUUACUGUCUGUGUGUGGAUUGCGGUUAUCGGUGCCUUAUACAGUUCAGGCAGUUUUAUAUUGCAGUUGCUCACUACUCCUGACCGCGUGGCCGCUCAUAAGCAGCUCUGGAAAUGUGAGAGGACUAGCUCGCUGUAGUCGCUGCGUCUUGCAGUGGACGACUUAUUCGACUUAUUACUGUGCCAAUUUGUUAGACACUGGUCGAAGAUGACCCCCACUGGUGAUAUGUGGAUGGUCGCCCCAUGGGAUGACAAUUUAUUGCCGAUUGACGCAGCUAUUGUGAUAAACUCCUGAUGCGGUUCGCGCGACAAGUGAACACGUGUAACGGAGCAUUAGGUAGAGCAGUUAGGUAGAUGAUGCUAAUGGAGGACCUGUCGUGCUUUGGUACCGGGGUACGAGGGAUCCGUGGACUCGCGGCAGUCAGAGGCAGUUAGCCGUCAGUGAGGCCGCCGAGUGGGUACCGGUAGGGUACAUUUGGCGGCUCGGCUGUCUGACGGAGCUGAUAUUGUGACACGGGGCAUUCGCCAACAGAGGCUGAUUGAACCGAGCUUGCAGUCUGUUGAGCUAGGACUGCUCAGUCAACGGCUGGUCUGACCAGCAGAACUGCGUGGCAUGUCGGGCGAUUUCGCCGAGGUUAUGAAGCCGCGACCUGUGUUGGGCGCGCGCCUUCGGCUACGCCCUUGUUAGUUACGCGACAGAUGCGGUACGUUAUGGAAUUUCGCGUUAAAAAAUGUUAGCGGAUUGUUAUCGAGUCAAUUAGUGAUUUGAAUGAUUACGCAUGCUACCCAAAGACGUGGCUGGUUGAGGUAUGCAGCAUGCAUUUUGCUGUGGUUUGGCGGUCUGCCGUUUGGUGAUGUUGCUUUUGCAACUACGAUUACAGGGUUGUACGGACAGCUGCUGGAUUGAUAAUAUUUGAUACGACGCUUUGUAUUUGCCUUUUACCGUGGCCUUUGCCAUACGGUUUACAAAGCUGCGUGCCAGCAUGCCAUGAAUCAUUAAACUGAAGUAAUAAAUAUGCAUGAUUGGAAGCAAUACAAACAAUGACUAAGGUA